AAUUUCCUGAAUGGAGUUUUUUUUUACAGCCACAUUAAAGUGUUUUAUAAUUGUUCCAAAACCAUGUGCUGUGUAGAAAGAUAAGGGUUACCUUGUGACAUGCUUAUUCUGUGCGUGCUGUGGAUAUAGUAUGGUUAAUAAUGUCCCCUAGGGUCGCUCAGUCUGAGCAGGAAGGAAAGGCAAUGACGUGUUUGUUUCCACUGCCACAAAGAAAACUUGCCUCCUGCUAAAUAGCUAAGAACCUCUGAUUUUUCACAGAUCUGCAAUUGAAAGACAAUGACACAUUAAGACAGAGAAAUAUCUCCAGCCUAACUCAAACAUUUAUGAGAGCUAUAUAACUGUGAGUUAGCACAUUCACUGAAGCUCUGCUUCACAAACACAGCAAAGAGGAGGAAGAUGGCUAUUAAUUAUAAUCUAAGCUUCCUGAAGGAACUGGAAAGAGAAAAGGUGUUGGAGGUCCUAUACCGAGACCAAUCACUUCAGAAAGCAGAGGAGGAAAGAAUAAGAAAAUUGAAAACACAUUUGCAGCAGCUACGAUGGAAAGGUGCAAAGAGUGUUAGUAGAGAAUACGAUGAGAGAUCUUGUGCUCGCUGCCAGAAAGCUCUAGGCCGGCUGUUAAACAGAGGGUCUGUGUGCAAUGGCUGCAGUCACCGGGUGUGCCGGGAGUGCCAGGUUUUCCUCUGCAACCUCAUCUGGAAGUGCACAGUCUGUAACGCCCAUGGGGAAGUUAAAAUAAAGACUGGUGAGUGGUUCUUUGAAGAAAGAGAAAAGAAAUUUCCUUCUGCAGGAAACCAUGAAUCUGUAGGUGCUAAGCUUUUGAAAUCUUACCAAAAAACUAGUAAGAUUUCUGUCGUUCCUCCAACACCGCCUCCUUUUUCUGAUGUCACCCCCUGGAACACAUCCAUGGAACUCAGCAAAGAGAAAGGAUUUAAUAAGUCAGUUGAAAAUUUGAUUUUGUCUCUCACAUCACAAGUCAAAAAAAUUUCAAAAUCACAGAAUGACAUGAGAAUAACUGACAAAUUCCACCUAACCACUGACUAUGGACAGAAAGCAGAGAGAAGGAAGGACAGAAGAAGCAACUCUGACACUGCAAUCAACUUAGCUAGCGAGCUGGAGAAGGCCCACAGUCUGCAUCAGUUUAUCCACAAAAGAAAGGAAAAAAAAAGCUGGAAAGAGAAAAAGGAAGUAAAGCAAGAAACAGAAGAUGAGACAAGCACCAUGAAAAGCAAAACACUCUGUGGUAGCACAAAGAGAGUAAGCGUGUGCAGCAUCACCAGCACUUGCACUGAAGCUGGUAGCUAUGACAAUGCCAAUAUUACAGGAGAAAUAGAGUUUGCAGUUAAGUACAAUUUCAAGACCUGCACCCUUGAAAUCACCAUUAAAGCAUGUAAGAACCUAGCUUAUGGAGAUGAGAAGAAGAAAAAAUGUAACCCAUAUGUAAAGACUUACUUACUUCCUGAAAAAUCCCAUUCUAAAAUGAAGACAAGCAUUAAAAAGAAUACUGUGGACCCAUGUUUUAAUGAAACAUUAAAGUACACUAUUGAACAUUCACAGCUGGAGACACGAAUACUUCAAGUAUCCUUGUGGCAUGUGAGUACACUGAAGAGGAAAGUUUUCUUAGGAGAAGUGAGUUUACCACUUGAGUUUUGGGAUUUUGAGGAUAAUUCGACCCAGUCAUUUAAGUGGUACCAACUGAGAUCAAAGGAAUAUCACCGAGUGGAUUGGUAGGAAAGUUCAAAGGGUAGACAGUCAAAAGCGAGAAGAUGUCGACCAACUGCCUGACCAACCUUGACCAGAAAAAGCACAUAUGUGAACUGGCAUGUAAAGAGCAGCAGUGGUAUUCUGGAGGCUGCAUCCUGAAAAUUGUGAUGAAAAGUACUACAGCAAAGAGGUCCAUCUGACCAACGGCCUGAAGAUAGAGAAACACAAAGAGGACAGACUUAAGUGGAAGAAUUAGUUUGUGAAAUCAUCAAAAGCAUGCUCCCUCAGUCUCAGCCUCAGUCAUUUUUAUUUGAUGCAACCAAUUUUGCUCCUCAAUGAGUACAUAUUUUUUAUUCCAAUAAAUACAUUAUUAAAUGUAUUACUUUUAUUUAAAUCCCCCAUAAGUAUGUAAACUAUAAAAAAAAAUUCUUUUUGCUGAAACAUUUACAUAUUUUAUUGUUUUCAUUGUUUUUCUUGACAGUAAAACCUUAGUUCUUUAAUACCCUAACAUCUUCACUGCAGAAUUGUGUCUGCCAUUUUAACUAGGGCUGGUAAAUGAAAAUGUUUACAUUUCUACUUUAAACUAUGAUCUUGCUGAUCCUAUCCCAGAUAUAGAGCUGCAUUCUGGAUAUCAGAAUCUAAAGUUAUUGCUGGUAAGGUUCAAGUUAGAGCGAUAAUUUAUUAAAAAAGAAAAAUAAGAAAGUUUAAUAUAAACAACACAGCCUGGUCUGUUAUUUAGUGAUAUCCUUACAGUUCACUAGGUCUCCUUUACAAAACUGCAAAUAUUUUGGUUAAAGUUUAACAGUUAAAAUUCCCUUUGGUGUCAGGACAAAAAAAGCAUGAAGAAGAUGUGAUGCCAUUGUAUAAGACUGAGGUACCACCACCACUGUGGAACAAAACCAUUCAAUAAAAUCUGGAUGGUAUGAUUAGCCUAUUAGUUGUUAACCUAAAAUGUUAUGGGGUGGAUGACAGUCUCCAUUUAUAUAAACUUCUAAACCCAUUGUUGCAGGUACUGAACUAAAUAAAAUUAAAUUGAUGCAGCUUCACCUUGUUAUUAUUGAUGGCAGAAAUCUUUUUUAAGGGCAGAUGACAGUUUAAAUUCAUAUGUAAAAAGGUAAAUAAAAGCAAAAAGUUGUCUUCAGUACUGAGCAUACACACCACAUUUUUAAUUUUGUAAUAUAUUUAAAUCAGAGUAAAUACUUCUGCACAAUUUUGUGUGUAGUAAACCCUAAUUGGCCUAGGGGUUCAAAUAGAAAAUAACGUUAAGCACACAAAAGACACGUGUAAGGCUUCAGUAAAGCAGAACCUGAACAAAUGAAUAACAAAAAUGAUCAACCCAUAUUAAAUCAUUACAAAAAUGGAA